GCUUGCACAUCACAGAAGAAGAAAGAUAUCACAGAAGGAGAAAGAAAUCACAGAAGAAGAGAGAUGAAGACUACAAUGAAGUACGUUUUUGCUCUGGGGUUCCUUGUGGUUCUGGGGAUUUCCUGCUUGAAUGGAGCAGAUGGAGCUGGAGAAUGUGGAAGAUCUUCUCCAGGCAUGGAAGCUAUGAAGCUGAUUCCUUGUGCAGAGGCAGCACAAGAUGCAAAUGCUCCAGUUUCUAGCGGCUGCUGUGCUCAGGUGAAGAAGCUGGGCCAGAAUCCAAAAUGCCUCUGCGCUGUGAUGCUCUCUGACACGGCUAAAAAUUCUGGGGUCAAGCCAGAAAUUGCCGUAACCAUUCCCAAACGCUGCAAUCUGGCUGAUCGUCCUGUGGGCUACAAAUGCGGGGCUUACACAUUGCCUUGAAGUCUUGAAGAUGGAAGAAUGAAGACUGCUAGCCAUAACGUUCCGCGUAUGAACUACAUCUGCUUUGGGUAGCAUGCAUGUAUUAAACACUUUCUGGCUAGUUUGUCUGGUAAAUAAUCUAUGUUAUGUCUGAAGCAUAUGUAUGAUUAAUGAUAGUCUACUGUCAUGUUUGGGCUUAUGUUUAAUAAUAACCGGUCUAAACACCUCUGGUGUUUGUAGCAAAGCUUAUUAUGCUCACA